AGUUUUAGAGAGAGAAAGAAAGAGACCAUGAACCAGAAGGCCAGCGUUUCCAAAGAGCUCAAUGUCAAGCAUCGAAAGACAUUGGAGGGGCUUCUUAAAUUACCAGAGAACAGAGAAUGUGCCGACUGCAAAAGCAAAGGACCAAGAUGGGCUAGUGUGAAUAUAGGAAUCUUCAUUUGCAUGCAAUGUUCUGGGAUUCACCGAAGUCUUGGAGUACACAUUUCAAAGGUGAGAUCGGCCACACUGGAUACAUGGCUUCCAGAUCAGGUUGCAUUUGUUCAAUCCAUGGGAAAUGAGAAAUCAAAUAGCUAUUGGGAAGCUGAGCUGCCUCCCAAGUACAAUAGAGUUGGAAUUGAGAAUUUCAUUCGUGCAAAAUAUGUGGAUAAAAGAUGGAUUCCUAGGGAUAGAAAAGUAAAAUCACCCUCAACUGUAAGAGAAGAGAAGGUUUCGGUUUAUAAACUGGGACCUGAAAUUAGUAGUGGCAUUGGAUAUUCCAAUAGUAUUAAACAGUCUACUGAUGAGAGGACAGAGUCAAAAAGCCAACCUCAGCUGCCAAAUACGACUAGAAGUAUUGUAGCUGCAAAAAGUAAUGAUCAUGUGUCCCCUGAAGUGUCUCAGCAGGUUACUCAGCAUCCAACAAAUCAAGAAGUCCAUCAGAAAUCAGAAACAAAAAUUGCAACUUCAAAGACUGAAUUGGGAAAGCAGGGAACUAAUGCUACCCAGGUUUCUUCAUCAUCCAAGGUUGAUUAUGCUACUGAUCUUUUUAACUUGCUCUCCAUGGGAAACUCCAGCGAAAACAAAUCCGAGCCCUCCAUUGCCGAUGAAAAUGCGUGGGUGGUAUUCCAGUCUCCUGAAACAACAUCGACGCCUGGGGAAAGUGAAAGUGUUAACUCAAAAUCAGUUGAAAUCAAGAACCAAUCCAACUGUGGAUUUGAGGAAUUAUUUAAAGAUUUACAGUGGGUGACACCCCCCGCUUCUGAUAUACCUGCAAAAGGUGCGAAGAAUGAUGUUAUGAAUCUCUUCGAGAAGUCCAGGAUUGUGUCCCCAUUUCCAGUCCAUCAACAACAACUUUCAGUUCUGCCUCAACAACAGCCCUUUCUAAUGGCCUCUGCAGCGAAGUCUUUUGGAGGUUCCCAAACACUUUAUGGGAAUAUAAAUUUGCAUGGCCCCAAUGGCGUACACUUUCCCUUUCGGAAUAACGGAAUCAAUGGCAAUCAAGUCCCCGGAAUGAUGAUGCCUAUGGCUGGGCUACAAAAACAUAUGCAGAUGGGAAACACACAACCUUCAUUUCCUGCAAGGAGUGCUGCUACUUAUCCAACAUACAGCAUGCAUACUACGGGGCCAGUAGCUCCACAAAGCCAUAUAACAACCAAUGGAGCCAGCACACAUUCUUCAAAGAUUCCAACUCAAUUGGGAGGAGAUUUUGAUUUUUCAUCGUUAAUGCAAGGGAUGUUUACUAAACGAUGAGCCAUUGCACGAGUCAAUGAAUGAACUGAUGAUUGUUUUUCCAUCCGGGAAAAGGGGAAAUCUAGAUUUCCUGGGAAAAUAUUGUUUGGGGAUUGCAUUCUUUGUUGGAAGCUGUAUGCAUGCUUUGUAAAGGGGUGGAAUCAGUUUCAUAUUCAGGUGGCAUUCUCAUUUGUACAUUUAAAUGCAUUCAUGCAAUAAAAUUGGUAUUCAAAUUGCUUCA